UGCGUGACGUAAAUGGUCAUCACUAGUAGUGAGUUCGUGAGCGUUUUUGCAUCAAUUUUUUUCUCAAUCUAAUACGACUUCAUAAUUUUUAAGAAGAUUUGGAUAAUAUUUCAAAGUUUAAUGAAUAUUACAACAUAUUUAUAACAAUUUAAAAGUGCUGAAAUCAAAUGAUGGUUGUUCUCUUUUCAGAAAAGAAUCAAAAGUGUCGGCGCAGGGCGUCGUGGAGCGCGCCUCCGCCGAACUGUCGCGUCGCAUCACAGGGCCUGGGGCUGCGCGGUCGCAAGCGAUCCCCCGGUGUAGUAGAGCGCGUCGCUAACGCUCUGUGCGGGCCAGCGACAACCGCAGCAGCCGCGCCGAGAGUACCGCGUCGCCGCCGACCCUCACCCAGGCCUCUAUCUUGGAAUCAAUUUGUAUUAGAAGAAAGAUUUUUGGAAAAGUUUUUUCUAUAUUUCAAUGCCAAUGACAGAAGAUCACUAGCACAAGUGUGCACGAGAUGGCGUGAUAUACUUUACUCCUCGCCUCGCUGGUGGACUGGCCUCGUCGCAGUCCUCGACUGCCGGGAGCUGCGCUCAGCUACAGGGUGUUGUAUGCAGAGGUUCUACAAUUCUCUAGUCAGAAGGGGUAUUCGUGGAAUAGUAUUAGUUUCAGCUUCUGAUGACGACAUAAAUGAAUUUAUCAGGCAAUUUCCUUUGUCCGCCCAUCAUAUACAUGCUAUUGGUUUAAAAGGAUGUACAAUAACUGACAGGGGGUUGGAAGCUGUUCUUGAUCACCUUCAGGUUCUGUUUGAGCUAGAACUAACUGGAUGCAAUGAAAUAACCGAGGCUGGUCUGUGGGCAUGUCUAACUCCACGAAUUGUCUCUCUCACGCUUACUGAUUGCAUUAACAUUGCUGAUGAAGCUGUCGGAGCAGUAGCCCAACUGCUGCCGUCACUAUACGAGUUUUCUCUGCAAGCCUAUCACGUGACAGACGCUGCUCUAGGCUACUUUUCGCCCAAGCAGAGUGCGUCACUCAGUGUUCUACGUCUGCACAGCUGUUGGGAGCUAACUAAUCAUGGCGUCGUUAAUAUUGUGCACUCCCUACCGAACCUGACGGUACUGUCACUGAGCGGGUGCAGCAAGGUGACGGACGAGGGCGUCGAGCUGUUGGCUGAAAAUCUCCCGCGCCUGCGCAGCCUCGACCUCAGCUGGUGCCCACGCGUCACUGACAACGCACUCGAGUACAUCGCUUGUGAUCUCAAUCAUCUUGAAGAACUUACGUUGGACAGGUGUGUACAUAUAACGGAUAUCGGCGUGGGCUACAUCAGUACGAUGCAGUCCCUAGUGGCACUGUUCCUGCGCUGGUGCUCACAGGUGCGCGACUUCGGAGUCCAGCACCUCUGUGGCAUGCGCUCACUGCAACUCUUGUCUCUAGCUGGAUGUCCACUACUGACAUCGGGUGGUUUGUCAAGCCUCAUACAACUGCGACAGCUCCGUGAGCUCGAGCUGACGAACUGCCCCGGCGCCUCGCCCGAACUCUUCGAUUAUCUCCACGAACAUUUACCAAGAUGCCUAAUUAUCGAGUAAGGUACAAUAGUCCUUAUGCUCCUAUACAUAAACCACAUUUUGUCUGACCCGCGAUACUAAGUACAUAUUCUAUGUACAUAAUUUGAAUACUUAGCUACACAGUAACUAGUUGUUUGCACCACACAUUAAUGUGCAAUACUUUAAGACAUUUUUACUAAUUUAUUGUUUCCUUUCUAAAUUUUGUAAGCACCAUGUAAGUACCUAUUGUUGUUAAAAGAAGUACAUUGAAGAUUCCUAAAAAGAGUAGGAAAUGUGACGAGUUUUGCAGACUUAUGAAAAAUAUGUGGUGUAUUUUUGUUAGUACAAUAUUAACUUAUUUAAUGAAUUUAUAUACAGGCUAUGUGGCUACGUACCUAUUUUGCCGUAGAUAGUCGGGUGGUCAGUGCGGGCGUAGAAUAAGAAAAUACAUAAAAAUUUCUUCACGCUUCUAGUCCUAGUUUCAAGAAACUAUUAAAUCAAUCCCACCAAUUCUAUUGACAUGUUUCAAAAAUUAUCAUUUUCGUAAUGAUAUUUUAAUAGUUUAAAUCGCUUCUAUGUAGUUAUUAUUACAUACUUUUCAAUGCAUUGUUAAGUUGUGACCUUAACGUUUUUUAAUACAUUCCCUUAUAGAUUUCGUGGCCUUUACGAUCUAUCUUAUUCCUAAACAAUUGCUCAAGUUGUGUGAUGUCUUGUCGAAUUAUCUAAGGAAACGUAUUUGAUGUCGCUAUUCAUAACAUUGUGACGUAUUUUCUCUUUGUCACCAAGUUGGGAUCAAAGAUCGUAAAACCAUUUUUGAUUUACUGAAGCUUUACCGAGAAUAAAGUCUCGUCUAUUUCUACAAACAAAGUGACGAGUCUUAAGAUAUUAUUAAAAAUAAUACAAUUACACGAGUGUUUCAAACAGAAACAUUUGUGUUAGAUUGGGAAGAGCA